CCGGUCUGAUAACCCAUAUCAAGUGCCUCUCGUGCAAAAACCCCGUAUCAGUGCCUAUCGUGCAAGUAACUUCCGGUUUCCGGUAUCGUCUGUUUACAAACAAUUUUUUGAAGUUCUGCUCAAAACAUCCGACAAACAAGAAAAUGACAGAGGAGGAUAGGUUUUUAAAUGUGGGAGAAGGAGACACAACAGAGUUUAUCAACUCUAUGAAGAACGCUAACACUAAAAGGAAAACAAAAAGUGACAUUAGCUUGUUUCAAUCGUGGCUUUUAGCUACACAAAAUGAAGAACGCCAGUUUUCAACGAUUGAAAAUGAGAAACUGGAUCAAUAUCUUGCCAGAUUUUUUAUAUCUGUGAGGAACAAAAAAGGUGAAGAAUAUGAACCGGACACACUCAAGUCCAUACAGUCUUCAAUUAACAGACAUCUAAAUGAAAAUUCUGAGACUGAUGUGAACAUUUUAACCGAUAAAGACUUUCAGCACUCAAGGGACGUUCUGUCAGCUAAAAAGAAAGAUCUAAAGAGCAAAGGUUUUGGAACAGAAAAAGAAAAGCAGAUGCUUUCACACAAGAGGAAAUUGAUCAUCUUUAUGACAGAAAUUUGCUUGGAACAAGUAAUUCAGAUGCUUUGAUUAAUACAGUGUGGCUAAAUAAUUCAAUGCAUUUUGGCAUGAGAAGCCGCCAAGAACAUCAAGAUAUGAUGUUUGGUGAUAUUGAGAUGAAAGCAACAUCAGGAGGAGUCCAGUAUCUUGAAUUUACUAAGCGCCAAACAAAAACAAGAAAGGGAGAGGGAAGUGCAAGGCCAUUUGCUCCAAAAAUGUUUGCAAUUGCAGAUAAUCCAAGAUGUCCUGUGAAAACAUUCAAGACUUAUAUUCAAAGAAGGCCUACUGAACCAUUAAAGCCAGACAGUAAAUUUUAUUUGUCAAUUCUUCCUCGUUAUCACAACAAGGGUCAUGAUGAUUUUGACACUGAAAACACAAAUAUAUGGUACAGUAUGCAGCCAAUGGGCAAGAAUAAACUAGGUGAAUUAGUCAAAGUUAUGUCAGAGAAAGGAGGAUUAACUGGUAGAAAAGUUAAUCAUUUAGCUAGAAAAACAACAGUGACAUCAUUGCUGCACUCCCAUGUAGAGGCAACAACAGUGAUGCAGUUAACUGGACACAAAAAUGUAGCAUCUAUAAAUGAUUACAGUUCUGCAUCUUUAGAUCAACAAAUUAAAAUGUCUAACAUAUUGUCAGAUAUUGGAUCUGGUGGUAAAUCUGUGUGUACAGAACCUGCUGUAAUGGAAAAACAGACUGUAAAAAUGAUAAAUCUAGUGAUAUUGAUUUUCCAAAUGAAGACAAUUUAAUACUAGCUGAUAUGGAUCUACAAGCCAUUGAUAAUUAUGAAUCUAGUACAACAUGUAGUAAAAAUGACCAUAUUGAUAAAACUGUAAAUACUUCUAUGCUUCCAUCCUCAAAAUUCCAAAUGUUUCAAAAUGCCUCCAUAGGAAAUGUCACAAUAAAUAUAUAUGGAGGUAGUGAUGCUGU